UGUGCUUGAAACUAAGGAAACACCUUCGCCGUCGUCGACAUUGUCAUCAUCCCUCGAGUCGCUGGACGACAUGUAUCAAUUUUCAUUCAUCAAUCCGUUCUUCGAUGCAUUUUUGAAAGGUAUUCGCUCGUUGCCUUCUUGGGAUGAAAUCCACAUUGCCUUGGAUCAUCUAUGUGUAAUACAGGUGUUUGAAGAUCUACAUACAAAAGAGCCUUUGCUGGCGGUAUUGAUUGAUUUUCGACAUCGUUCACGUACUAAUUGUGAUAUUGCUAGUCAGAAUGAUCCUUUAGAUCUCAUGCUUUUAGCACGCCCUCCGUCUUCAAUGGUCAACAAUUAAAAUGAAAAUUUCAAUUUUUAUGCUCCUUCCCCCCUCUUUCUCUCUUUUUAAUUUUUCUAUUCCUUUUUUUAUAUAUGUAGAUUUUGAUAUCUUCGUUUUUUUUUUCUCAAUUCAGAUCUUCCUUUUGUUUAUACUUUAUAUUGCGAUCCUUUACACUCUCCUAUUUCACAUUUCUCUUUGAAAGAGAA